GAGCCCGGCGCUCUUGCAAGAGGCAGAGCUCGCCUGGCCCCGAGAGCCCCGUCCGCUUCUGCAUCCGCCGCCGGGAGGGAGCUGCGCGCUUGGCGGGAGAGGAGACCAUGCCCAAGAAGAAGCCCAUGCCCAUCCAGCUCAACCCCGCGCCCGACGGCUCCGCCAUCAAUGGCACCAGCGCUGCGGAGACAAAUUUAGAAGCCCUGCAGAAGAAGUUGGAAGAACUCGAAUUGGACGAACAGCAGCGGAAACGGCUCGAGGCCUUCCUCACGCAGAAGCAGAAAGUCGGGGAGCUGAAAGAUGACGACUUCGAGAAGAUCAGUGAGCUGGGCGCAGGGAACGGCGGGGUGGUCUUCAAAGUGUCUCACAAGCCUUCCGGCCUCAUCAUGGCAAGGAAGUUAAUUCACCUGGAGAUCAAGCCAGCGAUUCGGAACCAGAUCAUCCGCGAACUGCAGGUCUUGCACGAGUGCAAUUCUCCCUACAUCGUGGGCUUCUACGGAGCGUUUUACAGUGAUGGAGAAAUCAGCAUUUGCAUGGAACACAUGGAUGGCGGCUCCUUGGAUCAGGUCCUGAAAAAAGCAGGCAGAAUCCCAGAACAGAUCCUGGGCAAAGUUAGCAUCGCUGUAAUAAAAGGUCUCACAUACCUGAGAGAGAAACAUAAGAUAAUGCAUAGAGAUGUCAAGCCCUCCAACAUUUUGGUAAACUCCAGAGGGGAGAUCAAGCUUUGUGAUUUCGGCGUCAGUGGGCAGCUGAUCGAUUCGAUGGCCAACUCCUUUGUGGGCACCCGGUCGUACAUGUCCCCUGAAAGACUACAAGGGACUCACUAUUCAGUCCAGUCCGACAUCUGGAGCAUGGGGCUGUCCCUGGUGGAAAUGGCCAUCGGCAGGUAUCCGAUCCCUCCACCGGAUUCGAAGGAGCUGGAGCUCAUGUUUGGCUGCCCCAUGGGGGGCGACUCGCCUGUCUCGGAGACAUCGCCUAGGCUAAGAACGCCUGGCCGGCCAAUGAGCGCCUACAGCUCUGAUACCCGGCCACCGAUGGCCAUCUUCGAGCUCCUAGACUACAUUGUCAAUGAGCCGCCUCCAAAGCUUCCCAGCGGAGUCUUCAGUCUGGAAUUCCAGGACUUUGUGAACAAAUGCUUGAUCAAAAACCCAGCUGAGAGGGCAGAUCUCAAACAGCUCAUGGUCCACACAUUCAUUAAGAGAUCGGAUGCGGAAGAGGUGGACUUUGCGGGCUGGCUGUGUUCCACCAUCGGCCUCAACCAGCCCAGCACCCCGACCCACGUGGGCUGAGUCCUGGCCUCAGGCACCGCCCCAGGAACCCGCAGAGCACUGUUGCCCCACGCCCUUCAUUCCACUUGAGACCCGAUGGGGACCCGUAGGAACAAACGGGAGCAACGCUUGAUGAAUUUCUCCCACCCUGAACCACUGAUGUGUCCAAACGAUGCUGGUUUUGGUCCUGUCUCUCAAAGCUAACGUGUAUUCUCUCUCCACCCCUUCGUCUCUCCCCACCACCCUGGCACCAGUGAACGAUUUCUCUCUACUGUGCAUGUGCCAAAUUCUUUUCCAUGUCAACCCCUCUCUCUCUCUGUGGGUAAAUCAACAGCUGUUUUGGUUUGAUGCCUCCCAGUUGCCCAGUCACGUGACGCUUUUAAGAUAACCAGAUGCAAAUUGGGAGUAGAUGUCUGCUCUUCCUUUAGAGUGGGGGGAGAUCCCGCUGGACCGCUCAUCUCCCUGUCCCGCUAGGGUGCUUUGAUCUUGAGCCUUUUGUUACUUGGUGGUACUUUGCCGGUCUCCUGAGCAAAAUUGCUUGGGGCCCCCUCCCUUUGCUUUGUUUCCUGCUUCUCCCAGCUUCAGUUUGCUCAAAGUGCUCUCCCGAAACGUGAGCAGAGUUUCCCCUCCGCCCCCCCCUCCCGCCACAACAUCAUGUUGGCAUUUUCCCUAUUUAUUUCUUUCUAGGUGUCUCAUUGGAUGUUUCCAGAUUGCUUCAGUGACGCGCAUCUCUUCUCCGGUUAAUUUGCUGUCUUGCAUUUUGAGUGGGGGGGGGGGGGGGGCGGGAGAACCGGCCUCUGACAGAAUGCAAAAUGAAGACGCGCGCUAAGAGUGUGGUCGCUCCCUUCCACGCUUCGCUGAACUUUUUUGAGACACGACAAUUGUGCAGACUUUUUGUGUUUGAAAAUCCUUACGAUCGUUUUAUUCCUUCGGAUGUUGAACAUUUCCAUCUUACACUAAUAAAUAUAUUACAAGGUUC